UCCUCUCUCUCCCGUCUCGUCCUCAUCCCCUACCCAUCUCCUAGGGUUUUUAUCCCCCAUGGCGAUGGCAUCGCGCGCCGUCCUCCUCUCCCGUCUAUCGCCGCUACCGGCUGCGGCCUCUCGCUUCCUCCUCCGCCCUCUCGCCGCCGCCGCCAGCCUCCUCCCGGCGGCGACCUCGCCCGUCCCGGCGGCGGCGCGCGGGGCAGUGCGGUGCUUCGCCACACAGCCGGCGACGUCGUCUCUGCGGGACAACUCGCCCAACUGGAGCAACCGGCCGCCCAAGGAGACUAUCCUCCUCGAUGGGUGCGACUUCGAACACUGGCUGGUAGUCAUGGAGCCGCCCGCGGGCGACGCCGCUAAUCCCGAUGUCACACGCGACGAGAUCAUCGAUAGCUACAUCAAGACCCUCGCCCAGGUCGUCGGAAGUGAGCAAGAAGCUAGGCAGAAGAUAUACUCGGUGUCAACUCGUCAUUACUUUGCUUUUGGUGCCCUUGUAUCUGAAGAACUCUCAUAUAAACUUAAAGAGCUGCCCAAAGUCCGCUGGGUUCUCCCUGAUUCAUACCUUGAUGUCAGAAAUAAGGACUAUGGAGGGGAACCUUUUAUAGGUGGGGAAGCUGUUCCUUACGAUCCUAAAUAUCAUGAGGAAUGGGUGCGGAACAAUGCCCGUGCCAAUGAUAGAUCUCGGCGCAAUGAUAGGCCCCGCAACUUUGAUAGGUCAAGGAACUUUGAGAGGAGAAGGGAGAACAUGCAGAACUUCCAAAACAGAGAUGCACCUCCUGGGCAGCAGGGUUUCAAUGGCCCUCCACCUGGCCAGAACCCUGGCGGCAUGCCUCCACCUCCACCACCUAGUCAGAACCGUGGCAACGUGCCUCCACCAUAUACUCCAGGUGGUCCGUCAAAUUACCAGCCCCAAAUGCAGAACCCACAGGCAGCAUACACACCGGGUGGUGCACCCCAAAUGCCGAACCCACAGACAGGGUAUGCACCGGGCGGUGCACCCCAAAUGCCAAACCCACAGACAGGGUACACACCGGGCGGUGCACCUCACAUGCCAAACCCACAGGCGGGCUACAUGCCCAGUGGUGCUUCUAACCAUCAGCAAGGUGGUCAAGCUGGCUACCAAAGCGGACCUGCUGGGCAUCAGGGAGGUAACCAAGUUUACCCAGGAGGCAACUUGCCUGGCGGCCCUGGACCAGCACACUCAGGCAGCAGUCCUGGAUAUCAAGGUGGCAACGCACCACCUCGUGAAGGUCAUGGCUAUCCCGGCGGCUACAACAGCACUGCACCAGGUGGCUAUAAUCAACAGUAAGACUAAGGAUGAAGCAACGCAAACCACCAAUGAGGCGCCACUGAAUCACAAAUGAACUGAUUUUCCUGGGAAGCGUUGCCAGUAUAAUUCCGUAGAAGAUACGAUGUGCAGUAGCAUACGUCCAAUUAUUGUUAUGGAAUGUUUUUAUUGAUUCUCCUUCAAAAAAUAAUCUAGAUAUUCUGUGACGCUCAAUUUUUAAUGUGCAAUAUUGCCAAUGGUUUAGGUCC